UUUGUGAGACUUACAGUACCAUUCUGUUUCUGUCUAUGUUGUGGAGUUUCUUGCUACAGCACUCUACCUUGUGACCUAUAUUACAUAGCUGUCAGGAAUGGACUUGCCAGUAAUGGUGGGACUCACCUGCCUUGUGGGCUGCAGUACCAGGGUUGGCCAGCGGGUGCUCUCAGCAAUCAGAGACUCACCCCAGCAAUCAGCCAACACCCUGAAGCUGAUUGCAGGGGUUGUAGUCAGGGCCUUGGUGUGUGUUUUUCCCCUGGGCCCCUGUACCUUGUAUCCUGUAUAUUCCUGUUCCUGUCUGACUUGUUGCCGACCCUGCUGCUGAUCCUGAUCUCUGCU